AUGGUGCGCGCCACGGGCAAUGGCGCAAUCUCCGAGGCAUUCGCAGCAACCAAUGCAAUGAAGUAGGUAUUUUUACUAGCGUUCAUCCUCUUCAGUCUCAUGUUUUCUGCCAUGUUGAUGGACGCGCACCGUGGUGAAUGCCCUGGGGUCCGCAUCGCCUACGGGGCCGGCAGGUACCUUCUUAAUAGUCGGCGAAUGCCGGCCCCGCCGCAUCUCUUCACAGCUACUUAUCACGACCUCCUCUUCGUCGACGACUGCGAACUCAACAUUGCGACCGAGGAAAACAUGCAACGAAGCAUAGAUCUCUUCGCCUCCGGCUGCGCUAACUUCGGCCCGACAAUUAGUACGGAUAAACUGUGGUCACGCAUCAACAGCCACCGAAAGUUGAAUACAACGUCCUUCGUGUACAUGUCGACGACACCUAACUGA